UUCACAGUCAAGGCUGGCUCCUGUGUCUUGCCAGUGGUGGAGAAGGCAGAGCAACAAUCUUGGUUUGUUUCCUUGCAACACCGCGUUUCGUGUCUGUUUGCUAGUUUUCAGCCGUGGAGAGAGCUUUUGCAGUGUAGUCUGUCAACUGUCUUCUUUAGAUUAGUGCCCGUUUAAGAUCGGCAGCCACUUCACCUAUUUUUCUGGUUUACAUCGAAGAGUGCCUGGUCCGUAGCCGAGUGUGGCUCACGAUGGAGGCUAUCACCCUGCACGACUUCCACGCCACUGCGGAAGAUGAGCUGUCCUUCGCGAAGUCCUCUAUCAUCAAAGUUUUGGUGAUGGACGAGGAACAGAGCUGGUACAAAGCCGAGCAGAGUGGGCGAGUAGGAUACGUGCCGAAGAACUAUAUCAAGCUAAAGGAACAUCCGUGGUUUUUUGGCCGGAUUACACGAAGUAAGGCAGAGGAGCUUCUACUCCAACAGUCCAUCGAUGGUGCAUUUCUAAUUCGAGAGAGUGAAAGCACGCCAGGUGAGUUUUCCCUGUCCGUAAGGUUUCAAGGUCAAGUACAGCACUUCAAGGUACUACGCGAUGGUGCAGGCAUGUAUUUCCUUUGGGUGGUCAAAUUUAACUCGCUCAACGAACUCGUCGAGUACCAUCGGACCUCAUCCGUUUCAAGAACGCAAACAAUCUACCUACGAGACAUGUCGGCAGGGGAGACCGAAGUCAAAGUGCGAGCGGUAUACGACUUUGACCCACAAGAAGACGGCGAGCUUAUGUUCCGGAAAGGGGACAUCAUUGUUGUCACAGACAAGAAGGACAAGAAUUGGUGGCACGGUAAAUGCGGUGGUCGAACAGGAAUGUUCCCAGUACCUUAUGUGGAGAUGAUCAACUGAUUAUCAAUAGACACGCGCGCACACACACACACCCGCACAUUGAAUGUGCUUGCUGAUCGUCCGACUCGACCACUGCCUGCUGCAACCCGUCGUUUGCUUUGUCCUUCUGUCCUGUCGCUUUGUGUUUGUUGACAUUGUCUAUUGCUCACAGCCACAACCCUUCCCCCUUCUAUUCUCCUGUGCCGUUUACUGGGCGCGCGCCCGUGUGUGUCCUUUAGCUUCGCCCCGCAACAAUUUAUUCGUCGCAAGCGACCGCCUUUUUGUUGUCUCCUUCAACUCUCUGUUAUGUUGGUCAACCUCGGCAACAGCAACAGCUGCAGUUGCCGUUGCUAUUCAUGUGUGUGGUCUUAGCGAGCCUGCACUCUAUAACCUUCCCACAGUGGAAGCACACGGGGAGACUACAGCAGUCAUCUUAUUUCUUUACUCUUUGAAGUGGGGCUAAAUUUUGAAUUUCCAUUUCUUCUCGUUGUUUUUUUGUGUCCUUCGUGUACUCACUGAAUGCGUGCGCAUCGCGUCGCGUAUGCCAGAUUAAACUUAAUGAUUACAAUGCUGGAUUUGGUCAGCUGAGAAUGCCUAUGUGCCAUUGUUGCCGCCAUUGUUCCCAUCAUCUGCUCACUAACCACCAAUGCCAUUGUGCAAUGACAACAAAGUUAUGCUUUAGAGUUGUUUCUUUUCUUGGUGUGUAUUUCAGUAUUGUUGACAUGAACUCGACUUAUUUUUUGCCCGA